UGUUCAACAACUUUCUCCAUUUAACAGAAGUGAGUUUGAAGGGUUCUGUAAAGCCAAGGAAAUCGUCAGUUAUUCGCCUCUUUGACAGUUUGGAGGUAGUAGUUUUGAAAUGUAGUACUCGGGGAUGUGUUAAGAACAGAAUGAGUUAUCAUUUAUGGCUUUCCAGUCAAACUGGAAAGAGAAUUUAGACAUCUCACCGGCGGCAACCUAGACUUGGGAUAUCACGGCGGUCGUCGAUAUGCAGUCCAAACGAGAAAGGGAGAGCGACCGCGAACGGGAUAGAAAAGCUUCUCGGCCUUCCAGAGGAAGCUUACACUCGCCAAGGAAUAGUUCUGGGUCUGGUUCAGGUGUGAUGAUGGUGGGACCGAAUUUUCGUGUGGGCAAGAAGAUUGGAUGUGGAAACUUCGGUGAACUCCGACUUGGUACGAACCUUAGUGGGCAACCAUGUUUUAGACGAUUUGUUUUGUAUAAACUAUGCCUUUUCAACGGUUUACUAGCUCCUUGUCUUAUCAUAAAAACACUAAGAUUACUCACUUAUUGACUCUCUGUUGACUAGGGAAAAAUCUAUACAACAAUGAGCAUGUCGCCAUCAAACUGGUAAGUCGCGACUGACUUCACUUAUUUUGUUUGGUGCGAAGAUAUCUUGACGAAUUAGAGGAUAUAUUACCUAUAGCUGAUGGUAAAUGUCGAAAUAUUUUUCUUUCGUAGGAGCCUAUGAAAUCUAGAGCACCACAACUUCAUCUGGAAUACCGAUUUUAUAAAGUACUCGGAAAUGCUGGUAAGUUCACUUUGAGUAGUCAGUGAAAAUGGUAGAAAGCUUUUAGCCUCGAUGCGUUAAAGUUGAUUGCGGCUUUGCAGGAAGUGCCAAAUAUAUAGAGUGAUCCAUUGUAUUUAUCUUGGAUGGGCCGUUGAUCAUAAGAGACAUCCAAGCAAUAAACAGUAGGCCACGUUCACUUUUCCCCUUUUUAAUUAUUUCUUCUUUACAACACAACUCUUUCAGUUUUUAUUUUCUCCACUUUUCGAGUGAAUCUUGCAUCGAGUUUAUUAUCAUAUUCCAAACUGUUACAUGACCCGUUGGUUACCCAAAAUCUGUCUCUCCAAGGGGAUUACUGUAUUGUAAAAGUUUUCUAAAUAUUCUUAAUCCAUGUAAAUUUAGUUUCUGAAAUAAGGAACGAAUAAACGAGAGAAAAAGCUCCCAAUUUGAUCAAGGUCGUCACCUAUUUUCUUUCCUGAAACGGCGUGAAUUCGUAGGAGUAACAUUUCAGUCCGAUUUUAGCUACGUUACUUCAUCCUUUGUGUAUUAGAAAUAAAAAGAAUUUCUCAUCAAUCAUGUGGAUUGUAACGCAGUACCCAACCGCGAUAAUGAAAUCUCGCUCAUUCAAGAAAAGCACAUUUAAAUACUCCUUUUGCAUGUUAAUCGUUCAAGGCUGUUUGGAAGCAAGUGCGGGCAAAAUACGUUUGAAUUCAUCGUCAUAACUUCAAUUUGAGAUAUGGAGUUCAGAACAAACAAAUUGCGGUAUUGCCUAUUCGGAUCUGGCAUUUUUGAGAAUUUAGAUGGGCAAAACGUUGAUUUAUUUUGAAAAAUUUUUUAAUCAUCGAGGACAAUAUUGUCAUUAAUAAUUUGACAAUUAUGUGACUCUGGGUAUUCUAAUUUUUUGGCUUUCUCGAAAGUUGACCUUUCAUUGGUCGUUUUCAUUUGAGAUGUGUUUGAUAAAAUGGUGUGUAAAUAACAUGGUCUUUGAGACGAUAAGUUUGUGAUCGUAGCUCUUAUGGCUUUAAAUUCUUUACUGUGUUGGGAGUGACAUAAAUUUAUUGAAUUUUUCAAUUUUUCCUUUCUUUAUGCAGUUCUGACACAAUUUAAUGAUGCAACCUUCUUUCCUUUAAACGUGACACUGUGGAAAUUAGUUGAAAAAGGAUAUUUUUUAUUUUUAUGUUUUUUCGUUCACCAAUUUUGAAUAUUUGUUUCCUUCACAAUUAGAGCAAGUCUUUUAACUUAAUAUCUAAUAACAGCCAGCAACCUUAUAGCAGCAAUAACUUUAAACAAAUUUCUCUCUGCGUUUGAAAAUCAGCAAAUAAUGUUGUAUCUGUUGAGCUGUUCUUGUAGUAAACAACAAAAAGAAGGCAGGAUCAGACACUUUGACCAAACCCAAAGGGUGUUCAAAUAGUUUGCUUUCACCACAAGCAGUAUGUUCGAAAUUUCAAGUUUCAGUUUAGAAGGGUGUUAUAAUACUCCUGUGAGGCUUGUAUCAAAAUUUCUGAAAAAUGAACAGCAAUCUGUGGUCAAAUUGGUGCUAUAAAGAAGGCAUCUUCACAAUAUAUCAAGAUCAAAUGUAAGAGUAUUUUGGACUUUCUCAAUCAUCUCCAAAGCAGAUGGAACAAAGAAAAUUACUGUUAAAAUGUAACCCCGCUUGUAGGUGUAAUAGUUGAAAGAGUGGAAUGCUGGAUGGCAGCUGUGUUUUCUCUUUAUGCAUAUACAAAAAUGAUUAGAAUUGGCUUGAUGCAAAAUUCUCAAUAACUUCACUUCAUCUUCAUCUUUGUGUUGAUGUGUGUAAGACAAACAUUUGUCUGACCCAAGGAAAUGAAAAUUUUUUGUUUCUAUUGUUGUUGUUUUAAUUUAUUAUUAUUCUUUUCUAACUUGUGGGAAUUGUAUUGGUGGCUGUGUGGAAAUGCCAGUCUGCCAAACAAAUUUCCAGGUGAUGUAUUACAGCUGUAAGUAAGGGUUAUGUUAAAGAGCAGUGAGUGGGCAAGCUUUGCUGUUUUAUUCAGAAGGCUUUUUCUGGUGAAUCUAGUUAUGAAUUUUAAACUCAGUCAUAUGGAUGAUUUUUAUCUUAGUUCUUGAUAAAGUACCUGGUACUGUUUGUCUUUUGGAGUACGUCAACUUGGGUUACUUUUUAAAUGGUAGAGAAGAUUGUGCUACCUCAAGCAUAUAUGAAACAUUCUACUUGAUUCAUUGCAAAUUUACUUAGGUGCUAGUAAUACUUUUAUCCUCAUCACUUAUUUCCUUCAUACUAAGUGGAGUGUAGCCAAUUUGACUAUAACAACUUAUUUAGAUGAAAUGUGUCCCAAAGUUUUCUGCUUAACAGUAAUAUCAUUAAAAUGACCAUCAUGUGGUGUUGUGAUACAAGUAGCAAAUGUUGAAAUUAGGUAAAAAUACACCUAUGAUGUAAUGAUUAAGGAUGAUGGCAAUUUGGCAGGUUUGGAUUGAAAAGAUUAAUUGGUUCUUAACCCUUUACACCCUAACAUCAGUAUGCGUAAUCUCCAUACUGUGCUCUAUAUAUUCCCUAAAGUGGUGACAAGGAGAAUUUGUUUGACAAUUAAGAGCUUUAUCAUUUAUUGAUCAUUUCCUUUAUUCUCAUGACCUUGAUGUGUGAUUCAGGGGUGAUAUUGUAAAGAGAUAUUAGAUACUAGUCACUCUCAGGGGUUGAACGGUUGAAGAUAAACAUAGAUGCUAGAUCACAAAUUGUGAAUUGCAAGUUUGAAAUAGUGCCAAAUCUCUUGCCUAAACCUUGAUUCUGUUCUUCAUGUAAUAGCUUGUUGUUAAUAGAUAAUGCAAUGGAAUUGGGUCAGGGUCAUUUUGUUGCGGUAUCUUAUAGUGCACAGAGGAUUUUAUUAAGCUGACACCAUCAAAGUUCACUAAUAUUUUUCAUAUCAUGUUUCUCCUUAUCAAUACUUUCCAUCAAAUAACUUGUUAGCUGUAGUCAGUUUUUCUGCACUAUUGUGCAACAAAGAAAUUGCAACUUAUUUAUUUGGAAAGAUUAUACAAUUUACUUAUUUAAGGUCGAGAAACUGUGAAGUUGAUACAGCUGGUUAAAGCUUGUGUUUCUUCCUGAGAAUUGGAGUGUUAGGCUAUAUUUUUCUAUCACAGAGACUAUGAUUUCUUUCAUGUGAAAUAGUAUACAUGUAACCAUGUAAUACAACCUUUUGCACAAAAGUUUUAUAAAGGAUUAGUGCGGGAGACAAGUUUUGAAACAAAAAGGUUACAAUAGAUCUUGUGCAAAUUGUUCUGCAUAGGAGUUGACUUCUAUGUUAUUUCGUCAAUAAUGUGUUUGUAAAGAAUGCAUACUUUGUCUGACAUUUUGGGCUUUAAUGCAUCUGGGUAUCAUGGUUGUUUAGACUACAAAAUACAUAUUUUUUAUUAAGUGGACAACACCUCCAAUUUAUUACAUUAGCAAACUCUAUGAUGUUAUUUCUGUGAUUUGUAACACAAGGUAUACAUUUUGUUUUGUAUAUUUGUUACUUUGGGAUUCUAUGCAUGUGUGAGAGUUUUAUGAUUAUUUAAGAUGCAUAGUGUAUUGAUAUCAUAGACAACUCCAUGAUACAUGUAUCUCCGCUUUCUGUUUGCUUAGAAGGGUUUUGCUUGCCUUUUUCUGUCAGCAACUCAUGUAGGUGAGAAAGCAGUACUGAUAGAUUGUAAAACUUAACACCUGAUGCUCUCUGCUUUUGUAGUUGAAAACCUUGGCUGAAUCUUGUCUUUUUUCACUUUUUGAGGCAGAUGCAACUGAUUCUUUUGAAUCUUUGAAAACAUAGUUGAGGGGUCCUAUGUAAUCAGAGUAUAUACUGUUUAAUGAUGAAGUGAAUACAUUAUAAUGAAACUAUGAAGUGAUAAUCACUUCAAGAAGAAAAAAAAUUGAAAAGUUUCAAACUGAAGUUCAUUUUGACACUUUGCAGAGGGAGUACCUCAAGUUCAUUACUUUGGACCCUGUGGAAAGUACAAUGCAUUAGUCAUGGAACUUUUGGGACCAAGUUUAGAGGAUUUGUUUGACCUCUGUAAUAGACAGUUUAGCUUGAAGACAGUGCUAAUGAUUGCUAUUCAGCUGGUAAGUGACAUUUUUAAAAGGGUUUUUGUAGGGCUGAAAAGAGAACUGUCUGGGAAAUGAAUGGGAAAUUAGGGCUGGAUGGACCUGUAUUAUUAUUAUGACUGUAGGCCAACUAAGGGUUUGCUUACAGAGCAAGUGCCCUAACAAAAUGAAAGCUUAGCUGAUUGGGAAAAUCUCCUUUUGGAAGACAAUGAGAUGGAGGAACUGUUUUGUUGAUUCAAACUUUCUUUUAUUUACCUUGAAAGCUUCAAGAAAGAUGCUUGCAGUGUAAACUGAAAUCAUAUUUAUUUUAUUUCUGGGAUAUUAUUAAAUUUUGUCAUAAAUAAGUUAAUUUGAGUUAGAAAAGUAUAACAUACAGUGUCAGCUAUUUUGUGUAGUUUGAACUGUUAAGUUAGUUCUUGGUAAUGUGCCACUGUUCUGUUUGUUUGUUUGUUUGUUUGUUUGUUCGUUUUUUUCCCAUCUUUUUAGACCCCAAGUUAUCUUGGAUUUGUGAUUGCAAAUCUCUUUGAGAAUCUCUCUGAGUUUUACAUGGCAAUUGUGUGUACUUGAAAGAGUCAAUAGUUAUUUGGGUUCGCAUGAUGAAAGCUAGAGUGUUUUGAACAGUAAACAUGUACUAUAAUCCAUUUCACUCCUUUUAUUCUACAGAUUUCAAGACUUGAAUGUGUUCAUUCUAAGAAUAUGAUCUACAGGGACAUUAAACCGGAAAAUUUCCUUAUUGGCCGGAAAUCCUCAGGCAAAGAGAAAACAAUUCACAUUAUAGACUUUGGUCUUGCAAAGGAGUAUAUUGAUCCAGAGACUAAGAAGCAUAUACCCUAUCGAGAACACAAAAGUCUAACAGGGACAGCAAGAUACAUGAGUAUUAACACACAUUUAGGGAAAGGUACUCUAUGAUUUUGAAUCUUAUUGUGGUCGGAGUUUGAGGAAAGAGUUAGUUUGUUGCGUAGACAAUAAUUAUGGCUCUUGAAGUGAUACGGAUCAAUGCCAAAAUUUGGACAUGUUAAAUUAAUGUUUCCAGUGAGUGGGUGUUUAUUUUCAAGUUUUUUAAUCAUUGUGUAGAAAUGUUUUCAACAUCAAGGAUUAAUUUACAGAGUGGAGAAGUAUACUCCAUGCUAUCUAAAAGAUCUAAGAUUUUAUGUCUAGGGAUAAAAUUCUUGUUGUAUCCAGAAAAAAAUAUAUAUAUAUUGGAUAUGGCUUUUGUCUUCUUUAUCUAUUACUGUUAGUAGCAGGUGUUGAGUAUUCAAUGUGGGCUACAAAAUUAAAUUGUAAUGUAGAAACUGGUAGAUGGUGCAAUAAUUUUGAUAGGCCAAAAAAUAUCAUUUUUACUCUCCAAAGUCUUUUUUUCUUUUUUUAAUUGUACAGGAGGAUGAAUUAUGUUUGUAGCAAUCAUUUGGUUGUGUACCAUAUCUUCAGAGCAAAGUAGAAGAGAAAGUAUUAUAAAGAAGAUAUGAUAAAUUUACAGUUAUAUAUUUCUUGCAUAACUUGUUUUCAGAGCAAAGUAGGAGAGACGAUUUAGAAGCUCUGGGGCACAUGUUCAUGUACUUCCUUAGAGGUAGCCUGCCAUGGCAAGGACUCAAAGUAAGUUAACUCUGAAUUGUACUUGUUACUCAACUUUUGACCAUAAUUUGAGGUCUCAUAUGUUUUGUGAAAUUCUUUUUUAUUAUGUCUACAGUUUCUUUGUCAUAUUGCUUAAUAGAAGAAAAUUGCUCUUACUAACCCUUUCACUUCUGUGAGUGACCAUAACAGAAUUUCUUUUUACUAUAUCUACACAAUAUUAUGCAGACAAGCAAUGAGAAUAAAGAAAUACAUCAAUUAUAGGAUUACUAAUUGAUCUGAUGCCAAAUUCUCCAAACUAACAUUAUGAGAAUAGUUUGGCAGACAGUAAGGAGAAUCACUAAUGAGAUCUUGGGACUUAAAGGGCUAAUGACUCAUAAUUUUGUUUACAGGCAGACACCUUGAAAGAGAGAUAUCAAAAGAUUGGUGACACAAAACGUGCAACACCCAUUGAAGUCCUAUGUGAGAAUCACCCAGGUAGAUAUUGUGCAACCCAUUUGAAGCUUUGGGCACGAAAUAUUGGAAUUGUUAGAAGCAUCAUUGUUGUGUUCCUUCUAAAUCAUAGAUUUUUCAGUAACCUGCAAGGUACUGAAUGUGGCCACAGUUACUUUUCUGUACCUUCAAUACAACUUUGACUACUCCUUAUGAAUACUUGUCUCCUAGAUGUUUAUGACUGCACAACACUUUUUUCUAUUUUUUCUUAACAGGUUUCAGCUUUCAGCUGUAAAAAUAUUGUGUUGUUUUUUCUUUUUUAAAGAUUCAUAAUUCUGACUGCCUGAUAGUGUUUGGGUGGCAUUUAACAUUAAUUUCAAACUGUUUUUCUUUCAAAUACAGAUGAGCUUGCCACUUACCUGCGCUAUGUUCGUAGACUUGAUUUCUUUGAAACUCCAGACUAUGAGUAUUUAAGAAAAUUGUUCAAGGAUUUAUUUGAGAGAAAAGGCUACGUUGACGAUGGAGAGUUUGAUUGGACACACAAGCAAAUUGUAAGAGCACAACUAUAAAACGUUCUAAAUGUAAUUUAUUUUAACCUAUGGACUUUGAAUUUCCACAGUGGCCAUCUUUUAGUAAUGAUCACCAGAUGCACAACUUUUACCAGUAUUAUGAUAAGUCUCAGUUUGUUGCUUGUUCUGAUUCAGUGAUUGCUGCAACUUAAAUAUUUUUUAAUUUGACAUUCCACAGCCUAGCCCUAUUAAUUCUCUGAGCCACUCAGAUCAACACAAUCAAAGAGAUUCUCAGCUUCCACCCGGAUAUCAGAAAGGAAAUGAGAGAGGAACAACCACUUCUGCAACAAACAAGGUAUGAUAGAGUGUCUGUCUUAUGGCCUUGUUUUUCAAAGGGUUGACUUUGCUGUGUGCAGGGCUCCAAGCUCAAUGUUUAAUUAAGUUGCCUUUUGGCAAACUUCAAUUGUAAAAUGGUUGCUAUAAGAAAAAUCUUGAAACUUCAAUGAAAAAUUUAUUGUGUGUGAGAUUGUUGACGUUAUUAUGCGGUAUUUCCUUAGUCUGCGCAAGACAGAAAAGGUGCCUGGGCUGACAAUUCACAAGCCCUGAAGUCUGCUGGACUACUGCCACCAACUGCAGACAGAUUAGGGGGCUCUGUACAGGUGGUCAGUUCAACGAAUGGGGACCUUGGUCCUGAUGAUGGCCGACACGAGAAGGGUGUUACCCCCAUACAUGCACAACAGCAACCCGAAGUUGAAGUUGUUGAGGAAACAAAGUAUGUACUAACAUUUACUAUAAUGUAUUUGAUCAAUACUGUAAUCCAUUAUCCCUAUUGUGGAAUGUGAAAAGUCCUUGUCUUUCUCCACUGGCAGCAUAACUAAGAAAAGGUGUUGAGUGGUAAUCUAGCUCAAAUGUGAACAAAAAACCAAAUCCAACAUUGGUUAAGUAAAGGUUCUAAGGAUUGAUUUAUUUAAAAUGUGAAUGAAGAGCUAUUAUCAACUUGGACAAAGAGCUGUUGCAGAGGAACACUUUUAUGACAGGAAGCAAGUGCCUUUUUGAUAGAGGUCUCUAUUUACAGAGAUUAAAGGUUGGAGCUGCAAUCACGGUCUGUGCAUGGUAUGAAAUUUAGGAAAAGUCUUGCAAGGUUGUCAGUUAUCAGAAAAAACUUAAUCAAACAUUUCUGUGUCUGCUCCAAUGUAAUUAAAUGGAAGAUAGCAUUUAGAACAGGUUUAAAGAAAGAAAUGCAAGGGGGCUGCUUGUGACAUUUCCUUUUGUCUCUAUAGGUGUUGUUGCUUUUUCAAAAGGAGAAAGAAGAAGAAGCAGCCAGUGGCAAGACAGAAAUGAUAUUUGCCUCCCUUAACAUUUGGCUCAUAACCAAUAAUUCUGUAGUAUAUUGAUAAAGAUGUUGGAACCUUUUGUAGAAAGUUGGGUCAAUUUUAUAAUGAAAUGAGAUGGACUUAAAUAUAGAAGCAGAUCCUGAGUCUGUUAUUAUUCCAUGAAGGCUUGAUACAUUGCACAAAAUGAAGAAGAAUGUCUAGUUAAAAUAGUGAAACAUUUUAAUCUAGUUAAGCUUAUUUGGAACAAUGAAUAUUUAAGGUGAUUGACAGUUCAUGUGUGGAAAAGUCUUUGGCAAGACUUCUUCAGUUGAUUUUUGGUAGAAAUGUUACCAGAUCAUGCAGACAGUGCAGAAUUUUGUGUGGAUCUCUAAAAGAUAAGAUAAGGACAACAAUAAUAUAAAUUGGGACUGUUGAUCACCUUAAACAAUGACUAUGGACAUGAUCCAACCAUUUAUUUUGGACUUUUAUGAAGUUUGUUUCAAUGAUUUCUUUUCUAUCUCAUCAGUGAUUAUUUUUUAAUGUGACAAUUUUCUUAUGUCCCUAUGGCUUGCUUCAAAUAAAACAUUAAAUUUAAGACAAUCAUUUAGUAUCUCAACUGAGAACAUACACUGUCACACUUUCGUGGCACUCCUAUUUAUUUUGUUGGAAAUUUCAGUACAUGUACAGGAUUGAGACAGACUAAGUUGAGCAGUGCAAGGUGUUGCAUUCCACAUCUUUGUUUUUACCUGCCAUCUCCUCUUCCAACUUCUGUGCUUUAGAGUAUCUUUCAGUGGGCCUUUUCCUUUCUGUGACUCUUGCUUUUUCUAAUAGGGCUACUUGGUGGUCUGUUGGGCUGCUAAAUGAACUUCAAUUAUUUUAAGCAUCUAGCAAUUAUUUUCUAUCUCUAUGAUCAGAGAUCUUUGAUACUUGAGAGAGAGAAGUAAUAACAGGCUCACUUUUACUUGUCCAAUAUCUCAAAAGCAAUAAUUGUAAUUUAAUUAAAGUCUUGGCAGUGUUAUUUUAUCAGGGGGCUGAAUUAGGACUGAACUCAAUUUACAUCCAUUUUGUCCAAUAUACAGCCAGUGCCUUCCAAAUCAAAUUGUUACUGGUUUUAAGAGAGCCUUUUGCUAAGUCAGAGCAUACAGAAACUGUUAUUUCCAAGUUAUCAUUAUGAUAUUGGCUAACAUCUGUUCAAGAGGAUUGUUAAUCAUUUCAGGUUCAUGUGCUGUUGGAAAUGCCAAUCACACUCAUAAAACACAUGAGACUUUCCAAUGUUGCUCACUUAAAAACAUUUCUUCACUAUGGGCACCUUUUCAUUAUUUGUAUGUUGUAAGCUCUAACUUGACAGAGUUUGCAUCCUAUUUGUAUGGCUUAACAUUAAACAGUUUCAGAAUCUAUCACCACAUUGUUGAUGAUCACAAACAAGGGAAGGGGACAAGAUUUGAUAAACAUAAUCACUGAGAUCUAACCAGCAUAUUGUUCAUCACUUGCCAAUGGAGUUUUUGUUGUUGGUGUUGUAAUAUUUUUUUAUUAUUUCCAUUCCAUCAACAGUCCAUUUUACAGUUGCAUGCUUGGUUGCCAAGCCCUUUAUCAGGAGUGAGGCGAAGGGUGACCUUGUUAUGAUACAAAUCUUGUGGCUAUCAAAUGUAAAUUGCCUUGUUGUUAUGCUAACUAGAUACUGGUCUAUCAAAACAAGGUCACCUUCAUCCUCACUCUAAAUUUAAGGAUUGGCAGCUAAGUACACGACUAUAAAAUGGCUUAUUUUCAAGACCAAGUGUUAGUCAUCAACUAAAAAAAUUCCAUUUCUAUGAUAAUAUGACCUUGCUCUUUAGAUUCAUUCUUAAUUUCAGGCGUGCAAUGUUGGCAAACCAAGCAACUUACCUUCACACUGGAAUCUCAUUUUUUGUGACAAUUAUUUCUCUUUUUAAUUGUAAAGAAAUUUCCUUGUGUCCUAUCAUAAGCGUUAAUCUAAGUUGAGAUCAUUUAGUUUGUAUAACAAAAGGAAAAUGUUCAUUUCCUUGAUGAAAAAAAACCCUUUAAUGAAAGUUUUAAGAUCUUUUUGC